CGUCCAUUGUGAGUCGGUUGCAAAAAUCAACAUAGAUGGGAAAAAAUCUCACCUUGAAUCCUUUUUGAUUGAAAUAAAAUCUCAAAUUCGAUCAAAGAAAUGCAAACAUCAUCUGUUCCUCCUGGAAGAAGUCUCUACCUCAACCUCAUCGUCGUCGUCUUAGCGCUCUUUGCAUCGAUCACCAUGGCAGAAUCCACCGGAGAAGCAUCGUCCGAAGCGAAGGUCCACAUCAUCUACACCGAGAAACCCACCGAUGAGGAACCUAAAGAUUAUCAUCUCCGUACUCUCUCCUCCGCUCUCGGCAGUGAGGAAGCAGCAAAGGACGCUCUGAUCUACAGUUACAAGGAAGCUGCUUCUGGUUUCUCAGCUAAGCUCACACCUGAGCAAGUCACCGAGAUCUCCAAACAACCAGGUGUGAUUCAAGUUGUGCCGAGCCAGACCUACCAGUUGCACAAACCUGUUGGUGCUGGUUUCAAGCUGACUUAACUAAAAUGUAGCUUGUUGUUGUAAAUGUCGUGGCUUUGAGAACUGGUAUCUAACUAUAAUAAUGCCAUGAAUUUGCUAGAGUUCUGUGUUGUUGAGAAAUUGGGUUUUAUAAUUAUAUUAUUUUAAGACAUAAUUUUUAUUCUA